CCUGGCCCCCCACAAUUGGAUUAAUUUUAAUAUAUGAUUUUAAUUGAUGGAAAAAUGUGCGUGGGAAAGCAAUUUCACUUUAAAAAAUUCAAAUCUGACAUUAUACAGAGUGAUCCAAUAAUGCACUUUUGACAUUUACAUAAUAAAUUCAAGUUUCUCUUUACCAAGUGGUGCGUAAUGAGCGUAUUUUCAUACAUUACUAUCAACACUCCUUAUCAAGAAGCAAAACUAAAUUACCAGCAAUGACUGAUUUAACAGUCGAUUAUACGGGGAAAUACAAACAGCUACUAUUGGAUUUAAAGUGUACAGUUGAAGGUUUGCUUGUAGCACAAGUUACGAAUGUUUGGUCGAUAUAUGGAGGAUUGAAUCGGUUGUAUAAUGCUACCGAGAAAGUAUUUAAGCACGGUUGCAAAGCUGUAAGCGAGGAUACCACGUCGGAUUAUUGGAAGUUCAUUCAAGGUUUAGAAUGGCUUCAGCCUAAUAAUGUCAAGACGUCUCCCAUUAUCGAUUGCGAAUAUAAAUCACACAUACCACAACAUUUAAAGAGUGACAAAGCUGCAGUAUGGCUGUAUCGGAGCAUUGAAAACCAUUCAUUGUCACAGAAAUUGUCCUGGUUAUUGUCGGAUAAAAAGCAUGUUGAAUCUUGCUAUCAGCAGCAGGCAUUCUUGUGCCAGGAAAAGUACGCAGAGGCAGUGUUAAUAUGUCUACGUUCAGUCGAACGUAAUCACCCCAGUCUCAUAUCUGAAAUAAAUCCGUGUCUUUUUUUAAGUAAGAUCAAUGAGCAGAAGUACCAGAAGUCACACAGAAGAUGCUCAUCGUUUCCUGACAGUCACUUUAAAAGUAUUCAAGAAAUGAAACAUCACACAAAAAUGAUACAUCAAUUAGAAGAGAACGUGAGAGCAAUUGACAAGGAUUUGCGGAAGCAGAAAUUCACUGGAAAAAUGAAACCUUGGAACAGCAUGCCUAAUUUAUCAGUAAAUGCAAAUAGCAAAAAAAUGACAAAUCAAAGUCGUACGACUCCAAGCACACCCAUUCAUCCUAGAUACCUAGGGAAAUCAAAAACACAGUUUCCUCCAUUAAAAGCCAGCAUGAAGAAGGCAAGGCCCACUACGUCGUUCAUUAAAAAGAAAGUGAGACACGUUAUAAUAAACAACUGCGAUAUAAUCGAACAUACUCCGUCUGAAAGUGCCUGGACCGAUACUCUGAGCAAUACAUCGGUCAAGUCGUGCUCCGAACACAAGUCACCCUUAAAAUUGAACACUUCGCGUUCCGUACCGGAAUACAGUUUCCUAACCGCCUUAGCCGGGCAGAAGGAUUACAGGAAACAGCCGAAGAAGACCUUCAUCGAAGAUGGCGGCAUGAGUGUCCUACCUAUGGCAACUGGAUACUUCCCUCGACCCACCAAAGGACAAACACUCACCGCCUUUUUAACAUCUAGCCAGUUCGCGAGGUCGAAUGCUGAACUGGAUAGGGAAAAUGCGCACUUUAGCGUGUCGGAGGCUAUGAUAUCCGCCAUGGAACAGAUUAGGUGUAAACGAGACUUCAAUUUCGCAGACGAUCAAGUGGAGGAAAGCGACGAGGAGAUCAUGAAUUUGAAACAGAGGAUCAGGUUGAGGCGAAGGCAGAAAUUGGAGGAGAGGCACAGGAAAAUGUGGGCGCCCAGUUUAAGUGACAAAAAAGCUGAUACUACAACUACGGAAGCGAGCGUCAGCCCUUUAUCAACAUCACCCGAAACCCCUUCCCACAGUAUAAGUUCGGAUGAUGUCGACGAUAUAGAAAUAGAUGAAGCAGCGAAUUUGGCAGAUUUGAGCGGAUUAUCAGUAUCGAUGGCUUCCCUAUAUGCUGAAUCUGAUCUUUUUAAAAAACCAAGAGGCGCACCGGAUGGAGCGUCCGAUAUAUUGUCAGCAGAAGGCGUUGCGCUAUCCUUAAUCAGUAGAUUUAACGAAAAACAGUUACCAAGAGCGUCCGAUUUGGAAUGGUUAGUGUCCGAAGAGGAUGCGCCACAGGCGUUGCUUCCGUUACCAAAAAGUCUGCCAAUCAGCCCGGACGACUACGAGGACUGUCCGGUAACGCCCCUCAGAGGAACGCAAGAAUGGGCGCCGCCCCGUCCACAAAUAAUUUUUACUCCGCACCCGCGCCCCCGUAAUUUUGCGUGCUGUUGUUGCGAUUUUUCGACCAGACGGAUGCAGUUGAUGGCCAAGCAGAAUUACAGAUGUGCAGGAUGCGGAAUGAGAGUGGCGCCACAGUAUGCUUCACGUUUUCGGUACUGCGACUACUUGGGACGGUAUUUUUGUACCGGUUGUCAUACCAAUCAGUUGGCGGUAAUUCCGGGAAGGGUGCUACAGAAAUGGGACUUUACCAGAUAUCCCGUUUCGAAUUUUUCUUAUCGACUUUUGGAACAAAUGUUCGUCGAUCCGCUCUUUCGAAUAUUCGAACUGAACAAAAAUAUCUCGAAACGGUCCAAAAAUCUCGUGCUCUCUAGGAAGUAUAGGCUCGGUUUACAUUACAUGAAAGAUUUCGUGAUGACGUGUCGUUUUGCGGAAACCAUUCAAGAUUAUUUAGAAAACGAAACUCCGUAUUUGUUAAACGAUCCCGAGGUAUACUCAAUGUUGGAUUUGGUGAAUGUUCGAUCCGGCCAAAUGAAUAACAGGCUCAAGUGCUUGGUGGAGAUGUGCUGUAGGCAUACGUCAGAGUGUGAGUUAUGCUUAGCGCGAGGAUUUAUUUGUGAAGUAUGCGACGAUAGUCACAUUAUAUUCCCUUGGCAGUUACGGAAUGUCACACGAUGCUCGAAAUGUAAAACAUGCUUUCAUACGAAAUGCUGGAAGAGUAGAAAUGAAUCUUGUCCAAAAUGUAUACGACUCUAUAACCGACGUAACAGUUGAUUGUUGGAUAUAAAUUAUCCAUCCAUAUGAGUUAUACCCAUGUCAGUUUUGUUAAAUUUUAUUUUUUGCAUCUAUUUAUAUUAUACAUAUUAAUUUUGGAGCGAUUGUGUUUCGUAAAAUGAUGAUCGCUUGUAUACCAAAAAAUGUUAUAGAUUUAAGGGAUAAAGUAACUUCUGUGAUG